AUUUUUAUUUUGUCCGGCCUCGACCGAAAUUGCAUGAAUUCUCCUCUCCUCUUUCCUUCUUUCUUUCAUUAUUUUCACAACAUUUUCGUCAUUAAAUCACUAUUAUAUAUACUUUUUAAUAAACAAAAAAUGCCGACAUUUUCUUUUAUAGAUCAUCCUAAAAAUUCUUUUUAUUUUCCCUCGUUCAUUCUCUGGGGUAUAUUCCGCUUGGAUAAACUUAUUUUUGGAAGGAGGAAAUGAAGGUUACCUAUUGAAAACAAAGCCAAAAUAAUUCAACAUUAAAUACUUUUAAAUAUACAGUCGAACCUCCUCUCUCUUAAAUUGGUGGGAGGUCUAAUCUACUUCAUAUAGAAACCGAUUUGCGACCUGCGAUCAGGGUUGUCUGCAAUUGCGGAUUGCGUAAAAUUAAGUUUUUUUGACGCAGACUGCGGAUUGCGGCUGCGGAAAUUUUUUCAUUUAUGGACAUCCCCUGCUUGCGACAGAAAAGAUAAUGGAAAAAGAGAAGAGCAAUGGUCGCUCGCAAGUUUGUCUCGUAUUUUUUCAAUGUUAUUUUCUUGUCGUAAAAAACGCACAGCGAUUUAUAUAUGAAUUUAAAAUACAACUAACUCUUUAUAAGGUAUUUUUGGCCCUUAAUUUGUAUUUUAUUGUGAGUUCCGACUGGAAAAAUGGCAAAAGAUUGAGGAGUUCACCAAUCAAAAUAAAAAUUUGGAUUUUCAAAAAAGGAAUCUUUAAAUUUUCAUCAGCUACAUAACAACCUUCUACCUCUCUCUACUAGUUAAUUUUCUCAUUUUCAAUAUCCAGAUUUAUAUUUCUUUUUAUUUUAUUUGGUUUCAAUUUUAUUUCUUUUUUACGUUCCUUCAAAAUUAAUCCUCUCUCCCCUCCCUCCCCUCUUUUUUAUCUCCAUAAAAUUUUCUCUUCAUUUUCGAACACGCUUGGAAGGAAAGGAUUUAAAAAUAAAAAAAAGAGAGAGUUCAUCUUUCCAAACAAAUUUCCUCUCCAAAAUCCCCACUUUUUUCCUCUCAUCUCUCCCUCCAAAUUUAUCCCUUCACCUUUUCAUCGCUUCCAUCACUGAAAUUACCUUUUUUCUUUUCACAUUGCGUAGAAUGGACUUGGAAUGACCAAAUAAAUUUUUGAAGAGAAAAGAGGAUUUUUAGUGAAUUAAUGGAUAUAAUGGGGUGGUGGUGGACGUUUAUGAAAUUUUUUAUUACCAAAUU